AUUUCCAGUGUCGUUUUUUGAUGAUUUAGUCUCAGUCGUCUCAUCUCUUUCAUUUGAAAUGCUUACUCCUCUGCUUUGCUCCUUCUCUCAUCGCCUGCCCAAAUAAUCCUCCGCCAUGGCAAGCAUUCUGCACGUAAUUUCGCCCUGUUGCUGCCCAAAUUCUGUGCCCAAAGUGCUUCCUGUGGAAGAACUCAAACCAGAAAGGCCAACAAAAAAGGCGUCGAGCACAAGCAGCAUUGUUAAUAACAAUAAGGACAGGCUAUUAAACUACGUCCCAGUUUACGUCAUGCUUCCACUGGGAGUUGUGAGCAGCGAUAACGAAGUGAUAGACGGCGAAGGGCUGAGGCAACAGCUGAGAAAGCUGCGAGCCGCCGGAGUGGACGGCGUGAUGACGGACGUGUGGUGGGGAAUUGUGGAAUCCAAAGGGCCAAAGCAGUACAAUUGGAAGGGAUACCGGAGCCUGUUUCAGAUACUCCAUGAAUGCGAUCUCAAAGUCCAAGCAAUAAUGUCGUUCCACCAGUGCGGCGGGAACGUCGGCGAUGAGGUUUACAUUCCGAUCCCGCCGUGGGUUCUUGAGAUCGGAGGAUCAAAUCCUGAUAUCUUCUAUACCGACCGCUCCGGCAACCGGAACAAGGAGUAUCUCUCUCUCGGUGUCGAUAACCGCCCACUCUUCCACAGCCGAACCGCCGUUCAGAUGUACAGGGACUUCAUGAGCAGCUUCAAAGAGAAUAUGGCAGAAUUUAUAGCAAAAGGAGUUAUAAUAGACAUAGAAGUUGGACUUGGCCCUGCAGGGGAGCUAAGAUAUCCUUCAUAUCCACAGAGUCUGGGAUGGGUUUUUCCCGGCAUUGGAGAAUUCCAGUGUUACGACAAGUAUUUACGCGAGGAGUUCAACGAGGCUGCAACAGCAGAAGGAUAUCCAGAAUGGGAACUGCCAAAUAAUGCAGGAACAUACAAUGACACACCAGAAUCCACACAGUUCUUCAAAUCAAAUGGCACUUUUCAAUCAAAUAAAGGCAAGUUCUUCUUGACUUGGUAUUCUAACAAGUUGUUGAAGCAUGGAGAUCAGAUUCUUGAUGAAGCCAACCAAGUUUUUGUGGGCUGCAAACUCAAUUUAGCCAUCAAGGUGUCUGGCAUUCACUGGUGGUACCGAGAGGAAAAUCAUGCUGCAGAACUUACUGCAGGAUACUACAACUUGAAAACUAGAGAUGGGUAUCGACCAAUUUCAAGGAUGCUAUCAAGGCACCAUGCAGUCUUGAACUUCACAUGUCUGGAGAUGAGGGAUUUUAAACAGAGUGAGCAAGCCAAGAGUGCACCAGAGGAACUCGUUCAACAGGUUUUGAGUGGAGGGUGGAGAGAAGGCCUAAAAGUAGCGGGAGAGAAUGCAUUGUCAAGAUACGAUGCUGCAGCUUACAACCAAAUGCUUCUCAAUGCCAGACCAAAUGGUAUGGACAAAAAUAGCGAACCAAAGCUUAGGAUGUUUGGAGUGACGUAUCUUCGGCUCUCUAACGAGUUGUUUGCUAAGAAAAAUUUCAAAAUAUUCAAGAAAUUCGUUAAGAAGAUGCACGCCAAACAGGAUUAUCGACCCGAUCCUAGUGACUACAACCGCCCUCUGGUUCCGUUGAAUCGCUCUGGACCAGAGAUUCCAAUAGAAGUGCUUUUAGAAGCAACCAAACCGAUGGAGCCGUUUGUUUGGGAUCAGGAAACUGAUAUACCAGUGUAAUCGUAUGGUGCUUUAAUUUUGUGGAGUUCAUGAACAGAGUCUUUAACGCAAGUAAUUGAGGCCAACAGGUUUCUGUGUUUAUGUAAUGGCCAUACAAUCUAUCAAUAAAGGGAACCGAAACUAAAAUGUUUAAUCAUAGUUCCUAAUGUUUAAAACCACUUUAUAUAA